GAAGAAAUCGAGAGAAUGAGAGUGAUGCACGGCCGAGGCCGCCUUUCCAAACUCUGUUUCGGCAUCAACACCAAGGCAGCUGCCUGGUGGAAAUGGAGGGGCCCGGGUCCCCGUCUCGUCUUCCUUUGCACCAGUUAUCUUCUAAAUGCCUUGCAUUCUACUAUUGCUACUGUUUGUCAACUAGCGUUCGACCUCUUUCCACAGUGGUCUCUUUGCCCUUUCGUUUCUCAUCAAGUAAGAUACGGUGGUCACGGUUGUCAUCCACAUCUUCCUCUCUCGUCCUAUAUAGUUUGUAGAGAGGUACAGUGAGAAAGAGUACUACCACAUGUUACUUUCCUCCUCCUAACGAGAGCGAGAGAAUUUGUGCAGUUGGGGAGCGAUGGAAGAACAUGUUUCAAUGGGAGAGAGCUUGUUGGUGAAGGGGGCGUCCGAGGCAGAAAUAUCAAGGGUGGGAGGGAGAGGUGCAACUGCUGAUGACUGGCUGUGCUGGGGAUUGGUGGUAGAGGAGGCGAGAAGGCAAGUUGUAAUUGCGCUGCCCCUGGCGCUCGUCACCAUGGUCCAGUUCCUGCUGCAGGCCGUCUCCCUUAUGAUGGUCGGCCACCUCGGAAGCCUCUAUCUCUCCAGCACCUCCAUCUCCUCCUCCCUCUGCAAUGUCACCGGCUACAUUGUCCUUCUAGGAAUGGCAAGUGCCUUGGAGACAUUAUGUGGUCAAGCAUAUGGGGCAGAACAGUACCAAAAGGUGGGAGUAUAUACACAAAAGGCUAUAGUAACCCUCCUGCUUGUGUGCAUCCCAAUAACUCUUUUAUGGUUCUACAUGGAGAAACUCCUCAUUCUGAUAGGGCAAGACCAUGUUAUUGCCCAUGAAGCAGGCAAAUAUGCUGUCUUCUUGAUCCCAGGACUUUUUGGUGCUGCUCUUGUGCAACCAUUAGUAAAGUUUCUGCAGUCACAGAGUUUAGUAUUGCCAUUGCUGUUUGGUGCUGUUGUGACUCUCUGUUUCCAUGUUCUUGUUUGUUGGCUAUUGGUCUUUAAAUUUAGGAUAGGACACGUUGGAGCGGCUAUUUCUGUCAGUCUCUCCUAUUGGAUGAAUUUGGUUAUAUUAGCACUAUAUAUCAAAGUUUCAUCUGCCUGUAAGAAGACAAUUUCUCCAUUCACAACGGAGGCCUUUGCCAGGAUACAGGACUUCCUUGGUCUUGCACUUCCAUCUGCAGUCAUGAUUUGUCUGGAAUACUGGACAUUUGAACUGAUGAUAUUGCUUUCCGGACUUCUACCUGACCCUAAGGUGCAAGCUUCAGUUCUUUCAAUUUGUGUUUACACCCUCAAUGUGGUUUAUUCUAUACCAUAUGGCCUUGGUGCUGCUGCAAGCACACGCAUUUCAAAUGAAUUAGGAGCUGGAUGGUCAAGAAGAGCUCGGUCAGCUGUUUUUGUUGUUAUAUUGCUUGCUGUUAUAGACAUGUUGAUUGUGAAUACGACUCUGUAUGCCAUCAGAUAUCUGUUGGGAUAUGCUUACAGCAGCGAGAAGGAAGUCAGCCUGUAUGUUGUAAGGGUGGUGCCUUUAGUUUCCCUGUCAUCAUGCAUGGAUGCAAUCCAAGCAGUGCUCUCAGGUGUUGCGAGAGGAUGCGGAUGGCAGCAUCUUGGGGCAUAUGUCAACCUUGGAGCAUUUUAUCUGUUUGGACUACCAAUUUCAGCCAUUUUAGGCUUCUAUUUUCAUUUUGGAGCAAUUGGUCUCUGGUUUGGUGUAUUAUGUGGUUCCACAGCACAAGCAAUUCUUCUCUCUAUUAUUACAGCACUUACCGAUUGGCAAAAACAGGUUGACAAAGCAAGGGAUAGAGUGAUUGACAAGCCUACAGUUAACAAUUGCUGAACUGUCUGAGGCUGUAAUAAUUGCAUAUUGCACCCUCACAUAAACCUUUGGUAUAUUCCAUACAAGUUUGUGAUCGUAAGAUGAGGGGGAGAAAAAAAAAUAGUUUUGAUCUUCGCAAAAUGGGUCUGAAGGAGUUCAAACUAUUUCUCUUACUGGACCAGGAAUGAACAAAUAAUGCUGCAAAUGUGGAUCUGAAGUGCAAACCAUUUAUCCUAAUCAGGAAGAAAGAAAUGGCAUGCUGGCAUGGAUAUAAAACUCAGAUUUGUAAUUUGAGAAUCCUUGGUUCAUGUACCCUUUCAUUUGUUCUAUAAGAUGUAAUAAGCAAUUCUGUUUGGCGAAUUGUCUGCAGGCAUCGAGAGAGAAAUAGUGAUGUGAUCAUUCCGA